GGGCCGCGCCGCGCGUGCGCGUGGGGAGGCCGGGGCUGGCUCGGCGGUGUGCGCAGCCGCCGCCGCGGUGGCGUGGAGCCGCAGAUGGAGCCUGCCCCCCGCGCAGCAGAGAAUUCUAAGCUGAGACAUGUAGAAAAAGAUGUUUUGAUUCCACAAAUAAUGAGAGAAAAGGCCAAGGAACGGUGUUCAGAUAAAGUGCAAGCAUUUACUAAAUGCUGUAAAGAAACUGGUCUUCUUAUGGUGGUGAAGUGUCGGCAAGAGAACACAGCACUGAAGGAUUGUCUGGUUUCUUACUAUACUGAUCCAGCUUUCUAUGAAGAAUGCAAAACAGAAUAUUUGAAGCAAAGAGAAGAAUACAGAGCAACUGGAAUUAAGAAAAAAAAGCAGAAGCUUUCUUCAAAUGUAUAAUUGAAUCUUACAAUGAAGUUCUGAAAUUUUACAUCCAACCUUGAUUUGACUAAUUUGAAGAGACUUUUCAAAAUCAUCUCUAGCCCUCUUGAGUGGAAUUUAACUGAAAUACACAAAGUGAAAUGUAUGGAGAAUAAAAUAUCUGAAUUUAACAGAA